AUGGCCGAUGUACAAUAUGCGUUUGGCAAAGGGCAUCAAGUCGCCAGCCAUACUUGGUCUCAUCCGACACUAACCUCUCUCUCUGCCGACCAAAUCCAUGAUAACAUGUAUCGCAUCGAGGAAGCUUUCUCUCGUAUUCUCGGCAUUCGCCCCGCUUUCAUGCGACCUCCGUUUGGAGCUUGGGAUAGUAAUGUCCAGUCUGUCUCCGCCGCCCGUGGUCAAUCCAUUGCUAUGUGGGAUGCCGACACCAAAGACGCUGAUGGUGGCACCGUGGCCUCGGGGAAAGCGGUUCUCGAUGGUGUUGCCAAUGCGAACGCCCCGAAUGCCAUCGUCUUGGCCCAUGAGACAGUCAGCACGACCCCCAGCGAGCUGGUGCCAUACGCAAUCAGCCUCUUCAAAAACAAGGGCUAUCAACUUGUAACUUUGGCGGAGUGUCUUGGUGUUUCGCCCUACCAAGUCGUAGGUGUUCCCCAACAACCGAUGCCCCACUGGACUUGCGACGGUACUCCCAAGCCUGGCCUUGCAUGUGGUGGAAACAGCGGUAUCUCGUGCCAAACCGGCACUCCCAUUGUUGCGAGUCCUCCUAACAACGAUCCUCCGACUCCCGAACCCCUCACUAACCAAUACAUCCAUCCGAUGGCCAACUCCGGCAAAUGUCUUGCGGUCGCCUCCAACUCGGACGGUGCUGCCGUUACCGUCCAAGACUGCCAGACUAGCAACUCCCAGGCAUGGACGAUUACUGGCACUGGUCUCAUUUCCAUCUACGGAAACAAAUGUCUUGAUGUUCCCAGCGGUUCGACGGCGUUGGGCACGAAGCUUCAAGUGUGGACUUGCUCCCAGAGCAAUGCAAACCAGCAGUGGACAUUGGGCGCCGCUCAGACCCUCCAAUGGACUGGCAAGUCUCGCUGCCUUGACCUCACAGACGGUUCUGUGGCCAACGGUAAUCGGAUGCAAAUUUGGUCUUGCGCGAACAACCAAAACCAACAAUUCACCCGCACUGAUGGUCCUGGCUCUGGAGGAGGAGGAGGCGGUGGAGGCGGAUCCGCUAAGACUAUCCGCCCCAACAAGAGCGGCAGCACAUGUUUGUCAGCCGUCUCGAACAACAACGGAGCGGCGGUCGUCGCUCAGCCUUGCGUCACUGGCGCUGCGAAUCAACAAUGGACCCAAAAUGGAGGAACUCUCCUCGUGCACGGAAACAAGUGUUUGGAUGUGACCGACGGCAAUACUUCGAACGGCGCAAAAUUGCAGAUCUGGGCGUGCAACCCUGGCCAAGGCAACGCCGCGCAACAGUGGACUGUCUCCGCUGCGAGAGCGAUUAGCUGGAAUGGCCGCAACAAAUGCGUCGAUUUGACGGAUGGCCGCACGACGACUGGCAACCGCAUUCAAACGUGGGAUUGCUCGCCAUCGUCGCCAGGCGCCAACCAAAUUUGGAACUUGGUUUGA